CUCGUGGCUCGCGCUCAGGCUCGGCCUUGGGCUGUCUGCAGUCUCAGUGAGGGCGGCUGAAGUGGCAGGAUUAAGAUGAGGCUUUUGCUACUGCUCCUAGUGGCGGCGUUGGCCGUGGUCCGGAGCGAUGCGUCGGCCAACCUGGGUGGCGUGCCUAGCAAGCGAUUAAAGAUGCAGUACGCCACGGGGCCGCUGCUCAAGUUCCAGAUUUGUGUUUCCUGAGGUUAUAGGCGGGUGUUUGAGGAGUACAUGCGAGUUAUUAGGCAGCGGUACCCAGACAUCCGCAUUGAAGGAGAGAAUUACCUCCCUCAACCAAUAUAUAGACACAUAGCAUCUUUCCUGUCAGUCUUCAAACUAGUAUUAAUAGGCUUAAUAAUUGUUGGCAAGGAUCCUUUUGCUUUCUUUGGCAUGCAAGCUCCUAGCAUCUGGCAGUGGGGCCAAGAAAACAAGGUCUAUGCAUGUAUGAUGGUUUUCUUCUUGAGCAACAUGAUUGAGAACCAGUGUAUGUCAACAGGUGCAUUUGAGAUAACUUUGAAUGAUGUACCUGUGUGGUCUAAGCUGGAAUCUGGUCACCUUCCAUCCAUGCAACAGCUUGUUCAAAUUCUUGACAAUGAAAUGAAGCUCAAUGUGCAUAUGGAUUCAAUCCCACAUCAUCGAUCAUAGCCCCACCUAUCAGCACUGAAAACUCUUUUACAUUAAGGGAUUUUUACAAGAGCAGCGUGACUGACAUUAUGAAGGCCUGUACUGAAGACAGCAAGCUGUUAGUACAGACCAGAUGCUUUCUUGGCAGGCUCGUUGUACCUCUUGGAAAACCUCAGUGCAAGACAGUUUUUCAGUGCUGGCACAUUUUGGAAUUCUGCACAUUCAUGGAGUGCAAUAAUACUGUAUAGUUUUUUUUCCUUCCCCAAAUCUACUCAGUUAAUAGUUUUUAAAAAACGUGGACAUUACUACUUGUACUUUUUUUCCCCUUAGUCAUAUUUGAAAAAGUAGAAAGAUGAGUUAGUUUGAUUUUUUUUCAAAGAUUUCUGUUAAAUCUGUUGUGAUUUUAUAUGACUUUUCCUUUUUAUAGUUUAAAAUUGAUCUUUUGGGAAUACAGUUAAAGUUCUCAAGUACUUUAUCAGACAUCUGUAAUUUGGUCAUGUCCAAUUUGUAUAGUUUUCAAAAUACUGCAGAUUGUGAAUAGUGCAUUAUACAGGAAUAUGGGGGGAAAUCCUAUACACAGAGUACUCUACCAAUUUGUGUGUGUGUGUGUGUGCGCGCGUGUACGCAUGAGUGAUUACCAGAGAACGACUAAAAGACCAACUGCUUUUUAAAUCCUGUUAUAGUUCAAGUGUCUUGCCUUGACCAAUCUAAUGAGUUGAUUAACUGGGCCUUUAUACUUAUCAAUAAAAAACUAAGCAGAUAUAAGUUAAAUAAAAACUUUGAAUUUAUUGCCCAGCGUACCUGUUAACAUUAUAAUAUUUAACAGUCGUCUGCUUAAAUUUUUGUUUUUGACUUACAGAUAACUUCAUAAGGGACACACUUGAGAUUCACACAUAAAUUAUAGAUCAUUUACCAUUGUUAGGAUAAUUGAAAUUUGCCUCACUAAAGAAAGUUUAGUUGAAUCUCUUUUCAACAUUAAUAUUAGCUGAGUGGAGAUCACUUGUCUAAUGAUUUAACUUGCCUAACAUAUAUCAGAAUUUUAUUAUAUUUGAGGAACAAACUUGAAAUUUUUUUUAUUCAGUGAAUUUAAUAUCUUUCCAGAGUUCUAAAAAGACUGUAAGAGUAUUUCGCAGAAAUAGGAACAUAAUGUGGAAAAAUAGUCACAUAGCAAGUCAUAAUAUACUUCAGCUUCCAUGCAGGAAUAGAAGUGGUAGGUCUAGAUUUGUUAGUGGAAGUAAAGGGAUUUAUGGAAAAAUUAUGAGGUAAUUCAAUAUUGGAUAUGCCACUUAGUACAACCUAGUACAAACAUAUACUUUGUCACUGAGUAUUUGUUGAAUGAAUGGCUGGUAGUGAUCAUGAUUAUGACAGCCUCAGAUGGACAUACUGUAAUCUCUAGCUGACAAGAAGUUAGUUCUGCAGAAAAUUGAUUAAAUGGCUUAUCCUUUUAAUUAAGGCUACAGAACUGUAACCUAAGUUUAUAUAGUGGCAAGAGUCAGUACUAUUUAAGCUGCGAAGUUACGGGUUAUUAUUAUUCAGGUGUAAUAACAUUUUAUCUUUGACUAGGGCUUAAAACCGUGAUUUGUACCAGCUCAAACUUCCUAUCUUCUACAAAUUGAACACACUGCUGAAUGUGUCUAUGGACUUUCUUCAGCUGAUAGAUAUUCCACUAGUAACACAGCUAAUCUUUUGGCAUUUAGACUUUUCAAACCCAAGCCUUGGAUGUUCCCAUGUAUCUGACAGGUCAACCAUGAAGAACCUAAGAUCCAGUUCUAACAUUUUCCACAUUUGCCUUGGAUGAAUAAAUUAUCUUUUAGAGAAUAGCUUUAGGUGGCUUAGAUACUGAUUAAACUCAGCUAUUUUGUUGACACCCAUAUCUCAAUAUUGUUUUAUCUUUGGCCAUGUUUAAAUCUAGGAUUUUAUGGGGUCUCUGAAAAAAUUAGUAGGAAGCAUGAAUAUAAAAAAAAAUUUAAGGAAAAAGGGAAAGUUAAAAUGAAACUAUUUAGAAUGUAGUUUUAUAAUAUUCCCAACAUUUCAGAAUUUAUUAGUUGCCUGCAAAUUUGUCUUAGCUGUGCAGUGUAAAAAUGUCUAUGUACUAUAUUAAUUAGAAGACCAUAGAACAUGACAGCGGGUUGGCUAAUGUUAUUGGAGUUUUUACCACAAUUGUUAUUGUGGAAGAAAUUAUUUGUUAGAUUAAUAAAAUGUUAGCAAAACAUGGCUUUAUACCUCAAGAUCUGCAAGACAAAUAUGUUUCAGAAUAUAAAUGCAUUUUUUGGCACUGACAUUAACAACAGCAGUUGAUCAUCCUUUAACACUAUGAAAAUAUAACAAGAUCCCAGUGAUGAUUCUUUCUUACUUUGAAUGUUUUUAGUUUGGGACUUUGUUGGCAUUUUAUCAUUGUCGUAAUAUUAAAUAAUUUAGUUUUUUUAAAAAGCCUUAAAGUUUUUUUAAGCAUGAUAUGAUAUUUAAUAUGAAAGCCUUUUUUUUUUAAAAUCUUUUGAGAGAAAAUGUGAGGGAUUAUAAAGUUUGGGGGCUUACCUCUAGCAUUGUGAAAAUAAACUUUUAAGCUGAUUCUGAAAGGAAUCCCUCCAUUGUGGAAUUAAAUCAGUGCUAGAGCACUUUAUAUGAUAACUGUAUUUGGAAAAUUUUACAUUGUAAAAAUUGAUGUCAUCAAAUAAUGUUUAUUUUUAAUGGCUUCUGAAACCAACUAGUGCUAACCCAAAGUCUGGCACUCAAGUCUUACCACUCUCGUGGACCUUAAACUACUUCUCGAGUUUUAUGGUCCCUUUGUGCUUCAGUGUUGCUGCACUGUCAACAGCUCUGUGAUGGAUUCUGUGCUGGGGUGGAACAGAAUGAAGCAGUUUACAUUUUUGUCCAUCUUUACCCCACCGUCUACAAUUCCUGAGAAUGUCAUACUAACAUAUCCAGAUCUGGAGAGAAAAAAAAAUGAGGGCAUUGACUGGUAUAGACAAUUGACUGAUAUAGACAAUUUAACAAUCUCAGGAAGAACAAAGUUCAGAUAUUUUUUUAAAAAUCCAGCUGAGCCUUUUUCUUCACAGUCCAUGUCUCCUUUUCCCUAGGUCACAGAAAAACAAAUAGAAAUAGACUUAGCCUUGAACUGUAUCCUGAAGAAAAAUACAAACUGGUCUCAGCUACAGUAGGAUGAAUGUUGUCACUCACUCUCAAGGCUUAUAGAAUGUCUUCCGUUGCCUAGGUUAAGCAUGAGCAAAAUGAAAAGAAACAACAUGAUAACUAAACAUACUAAAGCAAUGGUUAUAAAACUUUAGUGUCCCUAAAAAUCAUUGAGACAAAUCUCUGGAUCCCAUCCUUAGAGAUUGAUUCAGUUGGUCUGAAAUGGGUCUCAAUAAUUUGCAUUUCAGCCAAGCCUUCAGAUAAGGCCGGUGUUGUCCGUCUGUGGUCCACAUUGAGGAGCACUGUACCACAGAGCAGAAUGCAAAGCUUAUGACUUAACCUGGAAUAAAAUGUAGCUCAUGGGACAGAAGAAUAUUUUACACAUUUGCUUCAUGUUUACAGUGACUUAUUAAGAACAAGAAUUCGGUAAAAUGGGAACUCAGAGAAACAGAAUGAGGUGAGAAGGAAAUUAUGUUUCUAAGGAAAUAAAUUGACAUAAUUGUCCCAAUUUAAUGAUGCGAUGUAUUUGUUAUCUGUUGGUGAUUUAGUAUGUUAACCUUUGGAUGGAUAUUUUAAAGGAAAAUGUUAAGUCUUCAGUAUACGAUAACUGGUUUGAGUUGUUAGAUUUUCUCGGUAAAGCAGGCAACAUGCCUGCAUUAUACUUAUAUUUUCUAGUGACAACUGAUCCUGAUAUUUACAUAAAACCUAUUUAAAUUUUUAUAGUUCUAAGUAGAGAAAAGGAAUACUUUUAGUUUUAGUAGUAAUCAUAAUAGAACUCUUCAAGGGAAACCCAAUCAAAACUUAAUGAAGGCCCCCUAAAAGUAAAGGAUUUACUGGCUCAUGUAACUGAAAAACCCAAUGUAGAGUUGCCCUCCGGUAUUUAAAUGUAAUUAUCAGAACUCUUCAUCUGUAUUGGCCUCAUGUCUCCAUGAGCCUGCACCACAACUGGGGAGAAGAUGAUGUGGGGCUAGGGAAGAUGGGAGAGGAAUGAGCAUGGGUAAAAAAACCCAAAAAUGUACUCUGGUGCAACUUGGGUUACAUUCUUAUCUUUGGAUUCUGUUUCUCACUUGAUAUCCACUCUAAUGAUUUUGUCAUCUUUUACUCUUCCUUUCCUCUAUGUCACUCACCACUCAGCGUCCUUCUUAUCCAGGAUCAUUAUGGGUUAAGACGAGUUUAUGGCUUUGUGUCUAUAAGCUGCUCAGAUCAAGGGCUUAGCUAUUUGGGAAUUAUCUGGAAUGGUGGGAGCUAGCAUUGGGUUGUUUGGCUUGGUUAAUAAGGAAAAGCGUUAGAACCUGGCCAGCAGGUUGCUACCAACACUCCCUUAGGCCACUUGGCUAUACACAUUUAGUUUGUGUACUGGCAACUCUUACCAAGAGAAAACAAUUACUGCUCCUUUGUUUAUUGUUACUCUUGAGUUGCUAAGAGCAGAUCUGUUUCCAGGGAGGUGUUCCAAUGAUAUUUUCCCCUAAACAUUUUUUAAAAUUUUAUUCGAAAAUGCUGCUGGAUUUCUUAUUUUAAUAGCCCAGAAAAUCAAGAGAUGAGACAUUAUUUUUAAGGUGUUAAAAUAUAGAUUUUUAAAAAUACUCCUGCCUGCUAUUGGAGCGCAGUCCAUUUUUCCACCAGGAAGGACAGUGGUGUUGAGGAGAAUAUAACUACCAUGCUUUCUAGUGCUUCGAGGAAACUUCAGGUGCAUAGCCUCUUGCCCAGAGACUGUGAUUUUGUAUUGGCGUUAUCAUGUAUCCCUGGGGGUUGCAGCUUUCUAUAAGUUUACUGUGGCUGAACCAAGAAAGGCAUAUGCAGAUUUCUACAGAAAUUCUGAUUCCAUGAACUAUUUUGAGGAGAUGAAGGCUGGUAUCUUUAAGAAUGCAAAGUGAUUUUGGAAUGUAAAGAAUUUCUUUGGGUUGCAUUCCAUGGAAGUUUGCCACUGACCUGUGUUACUGAACUAUGAAACAUGAAUAUUUGGACUGUAGAAUAGUCUCUCUUAAUCAAUAAAAAGUUAAAUACUGUGGACAUAAAAAAAUAUAUAUGUAUACAUAUAUGUAUAUAUGUAUAACCUGUUUAAAUACAUUAUGCAUAUCAUGUAUAUAAUGUAUUUAAACAGUAGGUUACUUAAAAAUGUGAUUCUGCCAGUAGAAUUCUAUAAUAUACAGAAACAUGGUAAUUUGGUGUUGUGAAAGAUGUUAAUAUCUACUAAAGACCGAGGCGGCGGGGAGGAAGGAAGAGAAUGUCUUGCUCUGAUUCUACAGUGCCAAAAAACCCAAAUCUACACCUUUGGUGGGCUUUGGGGAAGAGGAGUAAAAGCAAACGACUUUGUCAGAAAUUACUCCAGAUAUGAAGAGACAAUUACAAAGCAAACAGAAAUUUAAUCAAUUUUGUUUCAUAACUGUUUGUUGACUCUUACUUUUGCUAAUAUGGACUGGAAUUUUUCAAAUAAGCUAAACUGAAAAAGAAAAAGUUUGUGAAUUCAGGGAACACGAGGAGAGAAGGAAAGUUUACAUGACAAAUUCUUUUCCUUACAUUUCAAGGUACUAAUUGACAGCCUAUUUCUUUUCCCAAAAGUAGAUUUACAAAUUGCAGUUUUCCUGGCCACUUAUCCUUACUGUUUCCAUGGUGAGAAUUGCAAGGCAUAUAGAGAGUACCAGUCACAUAUCCCAGGCAAGGCAGUUACUUGUAACAUCCGUAAGGUGGUUUAAAAAUACCAUGCCUGCCUCUGAGCUGGAGUUUGAAUCAUACAUGGUCUCUUAAAGUUCUUGGGUUUGAACUCAGUGAAUGAAGAUGCUCCAUUCCACUAAACUAGGACUUCUCAACAUUUCUGUUGAAGAACAGGUCUGCCUGGGACUGUGGCAUGAUGUGACCCAUUGUAAAACACAACUUUGUCAACAUCUCAUUUUAAAAUUCAUGCAAAAAUUCAUUUUACUCCAAAUUGUUCAUGUGGGUUUUAACAAAAAAUUUUAUUCUUAGUAACUCUAAAUCUUCCAGAAAAAUUUACAUUCCAGGAAGUUGUGUUUCUCCUGAGGCUGUGUGUAACUCCUGCUGUAUUAUAUCUUAUUCCUCUUGGGGUGGGGUGUGUAUAUGUGUGUGUGUGUCUGUGUACAUACCAUCUUAGGAAACAAAGUGCAUUAUAGAGUCAUUUCUUUUAAACUUAUGUAAACUUUCUAUAUAAUCCACAGUAAAACACAGUAACUGAAGAGGCUGUGUUCCAGGAAAUUUGUGUCCAGAAGAUACAUUUGGAAAAAUAAUAUGAGAGGCAUAACUAUGAGUUUUAAAAUGUUAUAUAAAGUUACCAUAUCAAAAAUCUAGUUAAAUACUGUACACAGUAAUGACAAACGCUGAAAAUAAAAGCCUUUGAAAGUUU